CUUUUCGAUGCAGUUUCGUUUGCACUACUUCAUUAAUUGUUAGCAGCGGUUCACUUAUCGUGCGUGAAACGAGCAUCGCAUUUAUAGCAACCAGUGAUACGCGACCAGCACACGACUCAGAAAUGAGGCUCCAUGCAACGUUUGGACUUAUCCUGAUCUGUUUCUAUGCCUUGGCAAUUGAAACGAACGGCUAUCCUCACCAGGGCACAUAUACCAAGCUUGAGGAUGUUCUCGAGAGUUUGAGAGAUUUAAUAAAGACAGGGAACGCAACGCUCGGACUUCCACCCCUCGACCCACUCUGCAUAGAGAAAGUGCCGGUUAAUAUCGACGUGAAGGAUACGAUCAAAUUGGACGCAAUCCUUACGAACAUCGACGUGCGAGGUUUGUCCUCAUACAAAGUCAACAGUGCCGACUUCCAAUUAAUCGGUAUGAAACUGAUGGCGAACCUCACAUGGGAACACAUAAACGCGAGCACUGAUUACAACGCGACAGGUCUCAUAGGCGUGGACAUACCACUUUUCGGUGAUGGAGUUAUAAACCUGGACGUUCAAAACUUCACUUUUAGCGUGGAACUUUCUGUGACAGUACAUGAUGAUGUUUACCUAAAAGUAAAGUCCUUAGAAACAGAUUUUGAUUUGGGCGGAGUAGUGUUGGACAUAACGGGUUUGUGGCACGACCCAGAAGUAUCCUGGCUGGUAAGCGCCAUGCUUUCGCACAUGAUACCUGAGGCGGUGUGUGUAAAUAAAGAAAUGAUCAAAGGCUACAUACAUCCUGCUGCAAUAGAAAUGAUCGACAACUUUUUGUCCGAUAAAACAAUCUCGGAUAUACUUAAAUGGCUCACUUAAAUUCGUUGUCCGUCGGCAGUGAAAUGUUGACAAAUGCGAUUUUAAUCUAUGAAUAUCACGAUAAUGAUACAAUAAGAAAUAAGAAGUUUCGAAAGCGCGUGACAAAGAUUUAAAGCGAUGUCAAUCGAUCAAAACAUACGAUUCGAACUGAUAAUUCAAUAACAUCUCCGUCAAUCAAAUAAAUUUGGCGUAUUAGACUCUAA